AUGCACGUCCCCCGUCUCCUCUUCGGUUUCAUGGCCGCCGUCACGGGCGCUUCCGCUGCAAAGUCGCCAAUGCAGGAGGAGCCCGCGACGCAACCGAUUCUGUUUGUCGGGUCGUUCACACGCGACGAAGGCUGGGUGAACGGCACGAGCAAGGGCGUCCACACGUUCAAACUCGACAUGACCGAUGGUUCGCUCACGCCGUGGGCAGUCACGCCGGUUGGGAUCAACCCUAUCUACGUCCAGGGCUCGACGAAGACGUUCAGCACGGGCCAGCGCACGAUCUACGCCGUGAACUCGGUGAGCGACAAGGUGCCGACUAAACCCGGUGCGGUCACGGGCUACGUCUCGGCUCUCACGCUGAACAACGACGGCACGCUCAAGGUCCUCAACACACUCGCGACGGGCGGCGGGUCGACCACACACGUCUCGCUGAGCCCGAACGAGGACUUUGUCGUCGUGUCCAACUACGACGGAAGUCUCGCGAUGUUCCCAAUCAACGCGGACGGUUCGCUCGGCGACAUGACGUUCUACCAGGAGUACCUGCAAGGCAGCAACGUUGUCAAGGAGAGACAAGCGGCUGGCCACAUCCACAGCUCCAUGUGGCUGCCGAACUCGAGCCGCGUCGUUGUUGCCAACUUGGGCAGCGACGAGCUGCUGCAGUACAAUCUGGACGCGAAGAAGCAGACGCUCGAGACGCUCGAGGCGGUGAAGCGCCCUGGCGGAGCUGGCCCGCGGCACGCGGCACUUAGCGCAGAUGGGAAGAUUGCGUACGUCGUGGACGAACUCUCGAACACGGUCGGCGUCUACGAAGUCAACCAAAGUGGCACCGUGCUGUCGGCAAAGUCGUUGCAGGACAUUACGACGCUGCCGUCGGACUACACGGAACCGAGUACGAGCGCUGACAUCCACUUGUCUAGCGACGGCCAGUUCGUGUACACGUCGAACCGCGGCCACGACUCCAUUGCGAUGUUCAAGAUCGACAAGGCGAGUGGCAAGUUGGUAUCGCUUGGCUGGGAGAGCACUCGCGGUAAAGUUCCUCGAGGCUUCACGGUGUACGGCAAGUGGCUCAUUGUGGCGAACCAGAACUCGAACGACAUGUUUGUGUUCGAGGUGGACAGCAAGACGGGUUUGCUGUCGUUCACGGGCCACUCGUAUCAGAUUGACACGGCCGUCUGUCUCUACAUCGCCGAGUAUUAG